AACCCAGUGUUCCCCCGUGAGCAAACACGGGAUUAACUGCUCAGUUGUGUCAGUUUUGAACCAAUACGACCGCGCUGAUUCUUCUGCUUUCAAAAAGACAACUUUAGCUUUAACUUCUAACCGAGACUUGGAAAAUUCAAGCUGCAUGUUGGAUUUCCAGUGCAAUGAUCAUACAAUCUGAUGAACGGGGCUGGUGGUGCCUUUGCAAAGAGUCACACGGAGAAGCGCAGUGGCUUUCGUGCAUUUCAUAAUUUUCUCUGACUUUUUUUGAAAAUGGAAAUUUCAUCAGAGAAAGAUUAGGAUGCUUUAUUCUGCUUUACUCUUUUUUUCAUCACUUUAACAGCCCAGAGCAACUGAUCAUGCACACGAUCAAGCCUUUGAUGACACUGUGUUUUGGAGUCUUCGGGAAUCCUAACCUCUUUGGCACCGACAAAGACUUAUCAGUAGUGAUAAAGGAUUGUCCUUGUUCGUUUGGGAAAUCCAACGCAGCAAAAAACUGAUGGAAGUCGGGAAACUGGCAGGAUUGAGUUUCCUGGGGGGUAGAAGGAAUCAUCAUAUUUCAGAGAGCCAAUGGACUCCAAGGUAAUUGAGAAUUCCUAGAUUUCUUCUGGCUCCCACAAGGAUUUUCGAAGAGUGUUUUGGACGGAGGAGGAUUUAAAUGGUGCUAAUAACGGAGGAACAAGGUAAAGGUUCAAAGGUUCAAGAGAAUGGAGUGGCUGGAGGAGUCAGAAUUAGUAAGACUGAGUAUAGAACCAAUAAAGUGGAUAUGGAUAUUCCUGUCAUGUCCAUCACCAAGGCUGGCAAAGACGACGAUGAGAGCGAGGAAUCAAGCGAGGCAGAUAAUGAGGAACUUGAAAUCGAUUACACUCGAAAUUACUGGGAGGAUGAGGAUGAUAUCUACCAGGAAUUUGAAGAGUUGGACUUUGAGACCUUGCCCGAUCGCUCAGACACACAGAGCAUUGCCUCAGAUGACUCCUUCUAUCCCCUCGACAAUUCAGUCACCUCUCACAUGCGCUACUCGUUUAGCUCUGACAGUCCAGAGCCCAUCUCCUUCUUCAAGGCCUGCUGCAACAACAAUGCCGUCAUUGUCAAGAUCAUGAUCAGACAAGGAGUGACUGAAGAGGAAGUGAAGGAGACGGACAGAAACAGAAGAGUUGGUCAUGCCAUCAUUUCCAACUACCUACUAAACUACUUUCCUGGUCUGGACAUCGAGAGGAGGAACUGUCACGGUUUCACAGCUUUGAUGAAGGCUGCCAUGCAGGGCCGGGCUGAGUGUGUUAGAUCGAUCAUGUUGGCAGGAGGUGAUAUCCAGGCUCGGGACUUUGGCCGGAAAAUGACACCCAAGGAGUGGGCGCUCUUCACCGGUCGGUAUGAAACAGCCCGCCUGAUGAGUCGGCUGAUGUCCAACCCUUGUCCUGAGCAGUUCUGUGACUCCUUCUCCCUGGAGUGGCCACUGCUGGAGGAGUUGGUGGCCCAGGCCCAAGAGCCAAAGACCUGUAAGCAGCGUUUGAUCAACCUUCUUUCCUGCUGCCCUUAUAGAUUUUACAUCAACAACAAGGUAAAACCUAUGGAAGAUGGUGUCCUUGAACACAUGGUCCGGAUCACCACGGGACUGUCCAGUCCGCUUAUCGCCACAGCUUGCCGCACGGUGUGCCCGAGCAGCCCGCCGUGCAUCGGAAAACGUCGUCACGCAGUGCAAGAGAUUCUAAAGAGGCAACGUCUGGCGGAGCUGAAGCGCCUGGGCCCAGAGAGGCUAAACAACUACAAGAAACUUUUCCAGAACUCACGGAUCCUCCUCAUCCCCAGGGAGAAGGAUCGGAGGGCCAGUCUCCAGCCUCAGCUGCUAAACAACAUGGCAGUGGCGUCCACAGUGGCCAUAAGACGAGCCAGCCUGCUGCCACUCCAUAUGCUGAGGAGAAGCAGUGUGAGGCCGGGCCUAGUGGUUCCCAAGGUGAGGCUCUGCAAGGCCCCAGCUCCAAGCUACAAACCAGAAAAACUCAGAAGGAACAGUAACCAGAACCAGCUCCAGAUACCCAAGUGGGAUUAUAAAAUGAAGAAAAUAGGGAGGAUGCAGGAGGAGGAGCGGCAACGACUGCUACCCCUGAUUAGGAGAAGAUGAAGGACCAAAGAAAGCUAAAGGAGACGUGACUUACUGUAGCUUCAAAGUGCUCAGUGUAAAUCUCGACAUGGCUCUCAAAAUGCAUAUUCUUGCAGAAAAAGACACUUUGUAGACCAAACUGCUCAUUGUCUUCUUUGUUAGGGUUUCCUGCAAUGUUGCCUUUUUUUCUACUUGAAACCACUCUUACUUUUCAAGGUGCACUUUGUGCUGGAAUGUGGCAGAUAUGGGAGCACAAGAAAAAUAUCAUGUACAUGUAACAUAAUAUCUCUUAUUUGUAUGUCUGUUGGUAUGCUGACAACAUUCAUUGUGUAUUAUUAUGCAUUCUAUGGAAUGUGGCAGAGAGUGGUGAGAUGCUUAUUCAAAAAAAGGAAAACAUCACACAUUACUCAUUACUUUUCUUAAAAGUAACACAGUACUUAAUUACUCAUCAUAGAAAGUAAUCUGUGGACACUAACGGUUACAUUACUUACAUGUUACUCUAUAAUAAGUCCUGAAAUGCACUGUCACAUUAACUAUAAACCUGAGGCUACAGUCCCACACACUGACACAAAUCCCUAUCCUGAUGAGGGCACAGCGUUAGCUUUAAACACAAAACCUACAACAAAACACAAAAACGAAAUCAGGACAAAGAGAAUUUAAAGGGAUUAUAGAAAAAAACCUCAUCACUGCCUUUAUUACCUAUCUAAACCCAGGCUCUAUCUGCUGGGGUGGGCUCUUCAUCCGCCCAGCUAUACCCCUCAGCUAGCUAUUCGCUAGCUUUGUGUUAGCAAUAGCAUGCUAUCUAUGCAGAUGCCCCUGAAGAGCUAAUGUUGUGUUAGCAGUAUAACACACGUGUCUGUCCUGAAUGCAGUUUGCACUUUGCAGUUUUGUUCUCUCAUGUUCUCUCAAAAUAAAAGUUGUAGACCUUUUUUUUAAAUUUUCCUCCUCCCUUAACUGAAAUGAGCGGAUUACAGUGCAAGUGCACAUCAGGACGAAGUCAUAAUUGAUAGUUUUUUUUCCUUCUACCUGCCCAUUG